GGCAGGAGUUGCCGCCAUGAUGGCUGCCUCUAUAUAAUGGCAUCAGCCUUCCCUCAGGACACCAGUUAUCCUCUGGGAUUGGUAACAGACAAGUCUCCUCCAGUGCUUGCAUCUCCCAUUUUCCACCAGUCAUCACCUCCAACUCCAUACUUGUGUGAGAAUGGUGAGCAGAGUACCACUGGUGAUGGUGGCCCUGGUAGUGGCCCUGGUGGUGGCCAGCCUUGCUGAUGCUACUAUUAUUCACAGAGGGUCUGAUCCGAGGCAGGUGAUGCAGGAGCCAGGGACAGAAUACCUUCAUGAUCUGAACUCUGAACUGGUCAGUCUACUACGUCAGAACCUUCCACACAUCAAUACUGUUAAUGGUGCCAGUGGUCCUCGUCUGGACAUGCCACUCAGUGGUUGUCGAGAUUCAUUAGACUGUCACCAUCGCUUCACUAACUACCUGGGUCUACUUGUUCGUAUGAUGGAGACAGGCAAGAGGAAGUAAGGUCUCCACCAAGGCAAGAGGAAGUAAGGUCUCCACCAAGGCAAGAGGAAGGUCUCCACCAAGACAAGAUCAAGUAAGGUCCCCACCAAGACAAGAGGAAGUAAGGUCUCCACCAAGGCAAGAGGAAGUAAGGUCUCCACCAAGACAAGAUCAAGUAAGGUCUCCACCAAGACAAGAUCAAGUAAGGUCUCCACCAAGGCAAGAGGAAGGUCUUCACCAAGGCAAGAGCAAGUAAGGUCUCCACCAAGGCAAGAGGAAGGUCUUCACCAAGGCAAGAGCAAGUAAGGUCUCCACCAAGACAAGAGCAAGUAAGGUCUCCACCAAGACAACAUCAAGUAAGGUCUCCACCAAGGCAAGAGGAAGGUC